AGAAAUGUCUUCCGCCGUACCCUCGCACGAGCAGUCAUCACCGCCUAGCGAUUUCGACACGACGGGCGCCACUCAGGACUCAUUGCAGAGCACGAAACGUCCAAUCCGCAAGAAUGACCGGCACCUCUUUCAGAACCCUUUUCCGCUACAAAUUAGCAAAGAAGAGCCACUCAAGGGUUUCUUCUUGCCAAUCACUAUUGCAUCCUUCCUUCAAUAUCUCUUCCAGUCGUUCAGUUCAUUAAUACCUUUCCGUAAACCUCCAUUGCCACCCUAUGAAGGAGUUCUUGUGGGAGAGUCUGGUUGCGUGUGGAUAUUACAAGACGGAAAGGCCCAAGUGGACAGGGCCUUGCGCUGGGAACAGGAGUUUAAGCGGAAAAGCACCAUUGCCCUGGAAGCUGGUUUGACUCAUGCUCUUGGAUUGGGUCUGUGGAGAGGUGGCUUUUUUGGAAAGGCUACAUUAUCGCGUGGCGAACCGACCUGGUGGAAGAGAAUGGCAAGGGAUGGACAAAGUACCGAGGGAGAAAGUCUCGCUGCACGCCGACGCGCCAUGAGGACCGCUCAAAGGCGUAAUGUGCCGCAGCCGCCAUCGGAACCUAAAUCCACGACGAGCAUGUCAUCCUUUUCAGACGGAUACGACUCAUUAGUGUCGACACCGUACGCAGAAGGCUUGGGUUGGGGUGUUCUCACUGUCGAUCCCGAACGAUAUCAACUGACGCCAGAAGAGGCGUUCUUCCUUGCCUACGGCCUAGGUAUUUUGGCUGUAAAAGAAUCGGAAGAGGGUGACAUACUUGAACCAUGCGAACUGUGGUCAAAACUGCGAUCCCAUCCAAAUGCACUCACAUUUGCUUCACAACUGGUGGGGCCUGAAAUAAUGACGACCUCAAAACUCUCGAGCGAAUUCGCUGUCCGUUAUGCUGCGUAUCAUUAUUACAGAAGUCAAGGGUGGGUUGUCAAAUCAGGCAUCAAGUUUGGAACCGAUUAUGUCCUUUAUAGACGAGGCCCGAUUUUUCGACAUUCCGAUUACGCGGUAGUUGUUGUUCCGAGCGUCUCAGACACUGCACACAGGGAUACCCUACCCGAUAUACCCGCACGAACCUGGGUAUGGGCGUUGAGCGUAAAUCGUGUCUGCGCACAGGUUAAUAAGCGAGUUCUUUUGUGUCACGUCGUGGUACCAUCAGAUAUUACGCGGAAGGAACUGGCCGACCCAACCUGUAUCAAGCGGUUUGCCAUAUGGGACGUGUGCAUCGGACGAUGGGUACCCGAAAAAACCAGAGAUUGAAAAGCGGCAGUCAAAGUCUUUUUAAAUAUCAUCUAAUUUCUGUAAUAUUUAUAAGUAGAUUUGCCAGUCUUUCGCAUUGAUAUGUAGAUACUAGAGCUUGUGUCCAUAUGUAAACAGAGAGUGCGUCGGUCGGCGCUUAUGGGAUAGGGGAG